ACCCACCAACGUCGAGGGAAAAAAGUAAGUACCGGUUCUUUCUGCCAAUCCCAGCAAGCCACAGCGAGCUUUCCCGCCCGGCCCUUCGUUGUGACUACUUGACGUGCCCCGCCCGAUCCGACAGCCAGCCAAUCAGGGGCGUGAUAGCGUCCCGCGUUUGCUUUCGUUCGCUGAGGCACGUAUCAGUCGGAAUUUUGGGGAGCCAACCUCGUCGCCUAUCUCUGGCAUAUAGAAGUGGUUUAAAGGCGGUGGCGGGAAACCGCUGUGUGGAUGAAUUUUUCAACCUCAUGGUCGCUGCGAUUUGUUACAGGUGAAAUAGCACAGCAAAAUAAGCCAAGAUGUCUAUUGAUCCAAUGACCUAUGAGGCCCAGUUCUUUGGCUUUACACCACAAACAUGCAUGCUUAGGAUCUAUAUUGCAUUUCAAGACUAUCUAUUUGAAGUGAUGCAAGCUGUUGAACAGGUUAUUCUGAAGAAGCUGGAUGGUAUCCCAGACUGUGAGAUUAGCCCGGUCCAGAUUCGCAAAUGCACAGAGAAGUUUCUUUGCUUCAUGAAAGGACGUUUUGAUAAUCUUUUUAGCAAAAUGGAGCAACUGUUUUUGCAGUUGAUUUUACGUAUCCCCCCAAACAUCUUGCUUCCUGAAGAUAAAUGUAAGGAGAUACAUCCUUAUAAUGAAGAAGAAUUUCAGCAUCUCCAGAAAGAAAUUGAACAGUUACAGGAGAAAUAUAAGACUGAAUUGUGUACUAAGCAGGCCCUUCUUGCAGAAUUAGAAGAGCAAAAAAUUGUUCAGGCCAAACUCAAAGAGACACUGACUUUGUUUGAUGAGCUUCAAAAUGUUGGCAGAGAUCAUGGGACUAGUGAUUUUAAGGAGAGUUUAGUGUCUCUGGUUCAGAACUCCAGAAAACUACAGAACAUUAGAGAUAAUGUGGAAGAGGAAGCCAAACGACUGAAAGUAUCUUAAUUUCUAAAUAGUAAAAAGAAAGAGCCUUUCAAAAAGUUCAAUGAUAAGGGAUUUAUACCAAUGACUGUUCAAGCAAAACAUAUAUUUUAUUAGAUUUUCUUUGUUUGCUUUUUCUUAUAUUCCACAUCUUCUUUUUUGAUCUGUUCUGUAUUAUCUUGAACUAGCCUGAAGCAUCUGUU